AAAAUUACAUAUUAAAAAAAAAUAAAUAAAUAAAAACAAAAAGCAGCAACAUGAACACUUUAAUGUGUUUAAUGGCCACUAUGGGUCUGAUUUUAUUGAUGUCAUCAUCACAAGGUGUUGAAGCCAAGAAACCUAAAAAGUAUAUUGGUGAAAAUGGCGGUGAUUUUGAAUUUAUUGAUGAGGUCAAUAAAAAUGCACAAUUAUUGUCAGCAAAGAGUGGUGCUGGAGGCGGCGGGGCUGCUGGUGCCAUGAACGGUAUGGGUCUAAACGGUGAACGUAAAAGAUGGAUACAUGAUCCAACAAGUGACCUGUGCCGUCCUUUGAGUUGUAAAAAACGCGAAAUAUGUUUAUUGGAAAAUGAAUACAGUGCUGUGUGUGUAUCAAAAAAGGAGUUACAUAAAAAUCGUGAUGAAAUUAUAACAAAAUCGAAAUAUUUGGAGGAGCAAGCCAAGCGUAGAGCAGCUAAUCAACAUGAUAAUCUUCAUCUUAAUGAUAAUCUCAAUAGCAACAAUAACAACAUAAAUAUGAAUAUGAAUAACAACAACAACAAUAAUAUUAAUAAUAACAAUAAUGUUGAUAAUGAUGAUGAAGACGAGGAUGAUGAUGAGGAUGAAGAUGACAUGGAUGUGAGCAAUGGUGAUGAUAAUAAUGUCGAUAUUUUAACAACAAAUGAUGACUUGAAUUUUAAUAAUAUCAAAAACAAUAACAACUUAAAUGGUAAUAAUAACAACAACAACAACAACAAUAACAAUUUUAAUAUGAAUCUUAAUAACAACAACAACAAUAAUAAUGAGGAAAUUGAAUCGAAAGAAGAUGAUGUCUUCUACGAAAGCAAUGCCGGCAUGGACAACAAUAAAAACAAUGAAGACGAUGAGGAAGAAGACAAUUGCAAGCCAUGUCCCGUAGCAAAACCAACAUUCCUUUGUGGCAACGACAAUAGAACGUAUUCAUCGUUAUGCAGAUUGGAUUAUCACAACUGCAUACAUUCAACAUCCAUAAGAAUCGCAUGCAAAGGAUUUUGCCCAUGCAAGGAUAAUAUCAGUGAGAAACGUUUGCAGCGCAUUAAUGAACGACAAAAUGCAUUCAAUGCUAAAUACAAGAAAACCAUGGAACAGCAGCAAGAGAAACAGCAGCAACAAUAUAAAGAGAACAGCAACAACAACAUCAUUAGCAGCAGCAACAAUAAUGAAUUUAAUACAAUAAUGGAUGAUAAGGAUGAUAACAAUCGUCAUUACAAUCACAUCAAUUCACAAUUCACUUUCACGCCAGAGGAGAUCAAAUAUGACAACAAACAUUAUAAAUAUCUCAAGUAUACUGCUUAUAAAAAGGACAAUCAACAAUACCAAGAAGAUAAACACAAGAUUCGCGGAUACAAUGAAGUCAUUGAGAAGCCACAGAAAUAUUUGAAGAACAACAAUAUCAAUACUGGUUACCCCUCAAAAUCGCCCGAAUGUAAACCCCAACAAUUGACAGCCAUCGGAAAUCGUCUGUUGGACUGGUUCUCAGUCAUUAUGGCAGACAGCAAGAAACGCCGCCAGCAUAGUCAAAAAUCCAAAGCCCACUUCCCACCCGCCUGCAAGACCGAAGCCAAAUGGAUGUUUGGUCAUUUGGAUUUGAACAAUGAUGGCUUCUUGUCGCUGCAGGAAAUGUACGAUUUGGAACAUGAUCAGAAUGAGCGUUGCAUUAAGCCCUUCAUCGAUACCUGCGAUUUGGAUCAGGACAAUUCAAUAAAUACCCGCGAAUGGUGUCGUUGUUUUGAGAAAACAGAUCGUCCAUGUGCCGCUGUAAGACGAAGAAUUGCCGGCGAUUUUGCAGGUGAGAUAGGAGCUUAUGCACCCGAUUGUGAUAUUCAAGGUUUCUAUAAGCCAACACAGUGUCAUAAUUCGGUUGGUGUCUGCUGGUGUGUCGAUAAACAUGGCGUUGAAUUCGCCAAUACACGCACUCGAGGAAAACCCAAUUGUGAAUCUGUGGUCAAUAAUGCCUCAUCUUUAACAUCCGACGACGAGGAUGAAGAGACCGAUGACGAAGACAGUGCGGAGGGCAGUGGCGAUCAAAUAAUGGUAUUUUAAAUUUAGAACACACUUAAAUAAAAACACAACAAUUAUUUAUACAAAAAGAAAUAUGAAAAAAAAAAAUAACAAACAAAAAGAAAAUUUACAGAAAUUAUUAAACAAAAGAAAAGCUUCACUUCAUAUAAAACCCCCUCCCCCCAAAAAAAAGAAAAUAGAAAUUUAAAAUCAUUAAAAGAAAGUAGUAAAAAAAAACACAACCAUAAACACAUUUGAAAAACCAACUAA